UUGUUUACUCAUUGUAUGUGAUGCUGGCUACCAUCUGUUAGCGGGUAUCUGCCCACCCAUCGUAGACACAGCCAGAGAGGGCCAUGUGAUCCUCAACAGGGUUUAAAAGCUUAUGGUUCCAACAGAGACUGGUAUACAAUACAAUCCCACAUUGUCCCCCCAUCUCAACCCCACACUGCACCACUCUGGGUAAAUUCUAAAGAUGUCAGACACAGAAGAGGUUGACUAUGAGGAGAAAGAACAAGGAGAGGAGGAUAUUGUUGAUGCCGAGGGGGAGCAAGAGGAAGGAGAAGGUUGGGCAAAACCUAAACCAAAACCAGCCUUCAUGCCUCAGACCAGCCUGGUGCCUCCCAAAAUCCCAGAUGGAGAGAAAGUGGACUUUGAUGAUAUCCACCGCAAGCGUAUGGAGAAGGACCUGACUGAGCUGCAGACGCUUAUCGAGGCCCAUUUUGAGAGUCGCAAGAAGGAAGAAGAGGAGCUCAUUAACCUCACUGAUCGUAUUGAGAAGCGCAGGUCUGAGAGAGCAGAGCAAGUGAGGAUCCGAACGGAGAAAGAAAAGGAGCGUCAGAACAGAAUAAACGAGGAAAAGGCAAGAAAGGAGGAAGAGGAAUUUAAGAAGAAAGCAGAGGAUGACGCCAAGAAAAAAAAGGUUCUCACCAACUUGCAGUUCAGCGGGUACAAGACAGAAAAGAAAGGUGGGCCGAAAAAGAAAACAGAGCGAGAGAAGAAGAGAGCGAUCUUAAGUGAACGGCAUAAGGAGCUGAAUAUUGACCAUCUCAAAGAGGACAAACUAAGAGAGAAGGCUACUGAACUGUGGAAGUGGAUACAUCAACUUGAGGCAGAGAAAUUUGAUCUCCAGUACAAACACUCCCGACAGAAAUAUGAUGUCACCGUACUCAGGAAUCGAGUCAGCGAUCAUCAGAAAGUUACCAAGGGGACCAGGAGCAAACGGGGCUUGAGGAAAUAAUGUUGCAGAUCAGAAUUGAGACCAUAGGAGUCCAUUCCAUUCAUACCACUUUGCCCGAUGGACAUCCUGGUACUCUACAGACAAGGAAGACUUGUGUGACAUGUGGAAUAUUUUUCCGAAAAAAUAUUUGGAAUUAACUUAUGUGGAUUGUUAUUUUUAGGGAAAAAUGUAUCAUAAUAAACCAACAAAAAUAUG